AUGCGCUCGACCGCUUUCGUUCUGGCUGCGGCCAUCUCCGUCGUGACGGCCGCAAAUGACUGGAGUCAACCUUGCCAUGCCGGUGUUUGCUCGUAUGAUCUACCUGCUACCGGAGGGAAAGCUUCGGGUACACUAAAAAUCUGGGGUUCCAAGAAUGCCAUCUCCGAUAUCACACCUGCCGCCGGUUGGGAGAUUCUAGGUUGCUCUCCCAACGUUCUCGCCCAGGAAAUCCGACUGGUUUGCAAUAACAAGAACGGUGACUGUUCCCACCUAUACCAGAUCGGCGCGGAAGGAAAGAUUGUCCGCUUGCCCGAGAACUGCAGCAAAAGCGCCUUUGCGCGGGUCGCCCGCGCGUGGGUCCACAAUGACCAAUCCAUUCCUGCUGAUAUCGCGUCGCGCAUUGCCACAACUAAUGGAACUAAACAUGAAGUCAAGGCUCUGUAUAUCGAUACAAAUUUCCCUUUGGCGAACUGGGCCAAAUAUGGGCCUGUUAACUUUGCCAUAAGAGCCGCAAACAUUCCUGGGGCAAGCGGGGAUUUGGUCACUACGCCUCCGGUUUCCCAACGUCGCAGCCGUAUCAACGAUCGUGGUUUCUUCGAUUUUAUUGGAAAUUCUCUUGAUGCUAUUGCCUCUCUCAGCGCGGAAACCUUGAACAAGACCCUUACCCCCUUUGACAUUGACCAAAAGCUUAAUCUAUUCAAGCAAUCCCUCUCAUGUCCGCCAGUUGAAGCCCAAGUUUCGAUUGAUAUGGAGGCCAAGGCGCAUGUUGAUGUCACUAUUGGCGUUGCUGCUUCCGGAACAAUUACACCUCCUACUGUUAGCGAGCUAGCUUUCAUCACUAGCAUGACCGCUGAUCUCGACGGUAUCAUCAGUAUGAAGGGCGGUGCAACGGGGGCUGUUGAUUCUGGCAAGAUCAAAUUGUAUGAGGUGGGUAUUCCAGGUCUCGACUUCCCCGGGGUAUUGACCCUUGGCCCCUCUUUCCGAAUCGAUGCCCAAGCAAAGGCCACACUCGCCACUGGCGUCGACAUAAGCGUCGGCAUUCAUUAUCAUGUCGAUAAAGUGCAACUGGUGUUUCCGCCCAACAAAAUGGCUGCCUCUGGUGGAACCUUCCAAGUCGGUGAUACUCCCCUCACAGUCUCUGUGAGCCCAUCCGCAAAGGCCACGGGCACAGUGGAAGCGCAUCUCAUUCCGAGCCUGAAUCUCGGCAUCACCGCGCUGAAUGGUGCGGCUGAAGCGAAAGUCUCCCUCGAGCUUGACGCUUCUUCUUCCAUGAAGCUCGACCUCGGCGCGACCUCUAAAACUAUUCUUUCUCUCAAUCCGCCAGCGCCUUCUUCCGCCACAUCAGUUCCAGCGCCGAUCCCCUCUACUGUAGCCGCCUUUAACGGCUGCUUUGGAAUUGGCGCCGGCUUCAACGUCAACGCAGGCGCUUCUGCUGCUUUCUUCGGCAUAUUCAACCCUAACGUGAAGUUGCCACUUCUCUCCAAAAACUUUGAGGUCUUCAAGGCAAGUUUUAGUUUGGUUAAGAAAUGUUUUGGUACAUCAACGGGGAAAAGGAGCGACACCGACGUUUGGAAUUACAUGUCCGUUGAUCCUGCCAGCACAUUGAAGGAUCGUGCUCUUGCGUUAACUUGCCCUGUGUUGGAAUGUUCCGUAUUCCGAGAGUCCGAACUGCCGCCGAUCCGCCAGUCCGCCUGUCCAGAGUUCGCACGACACCUACCUCUGCCAAACGCGGUCACGGCCCUCUUCAACACCUGCCCGCUCGACGCUGUUGAGCAACUGUAUCAACCACAGACGGUUACGACGUUUAGUUCAGGUGUCGGCUCAGUCAUUGCUUACGAUGGCGCUGACGUCUCUUCGCCUAUUUUGGCCAGCCUAUCGCAACUUCGGUGCUAA